AUGGCGGUGGAACAAGCUCUUGAGUUUUUUCCAGAGGUGGUGAGGCUACAAGCGGUGGUUGAGGUGGAGAAUAAAGCAGCUCAGAAAGUUUUAGAGAAAGCUGGAUUGAAACGGACAGUUUUCUUAAAUAGUAUGGCUUUUGCAAAGGAGAGAUAA